AUGGACGAUGAGGCAAUACUUCAAUAUUUUACUUCGAUUCGGCAAAACGAACCUGAAACAUCAGUAGCUAUAAUAGCUAUAAGUACAUUACUUGAUGUUAUCAAACGUUCAUCAGCUGGUACAUUAAGUGGAUUAUCAAGCGAACUUAAAUCAGCUGUACAACUAUUAACAACACAAAUUGAUUCGUCAAUGCCAAGUGUUAAAUCGGGCUGUGAUCUAUUUUUAUGCUUUAUAACAUUAGCAAAAUUAGAUGCAUAUAGAUUUGAUGAAUGUCGUCAAAAAUUAAUCGAACGAGGUCAAGUAUUUUUAAAUCGAGCAUUAUUAUCACGACAGCGUAUUUCAGAAUUAAGCAAAGAAUUUCUUGUUGAUGGAAGUGUUAUUUUAACACAUUCAUAUUCACGUGUAGUUCUUGCUCUACUUAAAUAUGCAUCAGAAUUUACACGAUUUAAAGUUUAUGUUACACAAUCGGAGCCGGAUAAGAGUGGUUUAAAAAUGAGAGACGAAUUAGAAGCUAUUGGUAUACCAGCAAUAUGUAUAUUAGAUGCUAGUGUAGCAUAUAUGAUGGAACAAGUUACAUUUGUUUUAAUUGGUGCUGAAGCUGUUGUUGAAAGCGGAGGAAUUAUUAACAAAAUUGGAACAUUCAAUUUAGCUCUUGCUGCACAUGAAAUGAAUAAACCAUUUUAUGUCGCAGCUGAAUCAUUUAAGUUCGUUCGAAUUUAUCCAUUGAAUAAUCGUGAUUUACCGAAUCAUUUUAAAUAUAAAUCAUCAACAAUAGCACGUUUAGGCGAAGAAAAUCUUGGAAAUGAGCAUCCACUAGUUGAUUACACACCACCAGUUUAUAUUACUUUACUGUUCACAGAUAUUGGCCUGUUAACACCAUCGGCUGUUAGUGAUGAAUUAAUGAAACUUUAUAUUUAA